UUUGCCUUGAUUGGUACAGUAGAGUACUGUAGUCGUGUUUCGCUCACCCGCGCUCUGUUAUAAUCAGAUUCAAGAUUCCGUUGUCGUGUUACGAAUGUAAUAAACUAACACUUCUAAUUGUUAAAGACCCUCUGUCGGCACGCGUGGGCGAGAGCGAGUGGCGGCGUCCGUUUGGAACACCCGUCAAGGUUGAUCUCAGGAUGUCUCGCCUGCCGUGCAUUGACAAGCGUCUGCUGAGGAACGUAAUCCGGCACACGGACGCUCACAACAAGAUGCAGGAAGUGAGCGUCAUGUGGAAGCAGCGGCAGAUGCAGACGUUCACCGAGGACGGCGGCGUCCGACGGAAACGGAGGCGCAUGGCCUCUCCCGUCCUUGGAAGAAGCCACAUGCGGUGCGACGGCUACGACGACGACGACGACGAUGCGGUGGCGGCGGCGACUACGGCGGCGGAGGCGAGCGACGAUGGAAGAAGGUGGCGUCGGAGACUCCACGAGGCGGAGGCACCAAACCCCGACCGGUGGGGACAUGCUGGAUUCUGGGAGCUCUACCCCAGCGAUUACCGCCCACCGCUUAACAAAAGGAUCAAAGCAAGGAACGGUCCACUCCGGCACUUCUCGUCGUCGUCGUCCUCAUCCUCCUCCUCGUCCGCCACCAAUGAAGCGGCCGCGCGCCGCUGCGGUAGCGGCGAGAGACGGACUCGGAAGAAAAAGCAGAAAGAGAAGCGUGGAGAGAAGCGCGGAGAUGAGCGACGACGCAAACGCAGGCGGAGCACCGAGGAGCGCGGAGGAGACGGCGGCGGCGGCGGCGACGAACGCGAGGGCAGAGCGGAGCGCCGUCGCGAGCGCCGAGACAGACGCUCGGGCGAGCGGAGGGACGGCCGCAGCGACGACGGAGAGGGCGGCAAGAAGAAGAAGAAGAAGCGACGGCAGCGGCGGUUCGAGGGGGCCCGGCCUGGGGGUCACGACCCCUAGGGAUAUUCACUAAACUGUUGGGCAGUAGCGGGGUGCUUGACGCAUCUGGCACGCGACUUGGUUCUUGCACUGACCGCGGCCGCACGCUGAGGCCUACGCCCUGACAAAGAGCCCGCGAAAGAUUGAAACUGUUUACUUUUAUUGAACGAUUUUUAUUUCACCAGGUAAGACCGACCUGCUUUUUCAGAAGCGACCUGACCACAAAUGAUAGCUCAACAAAGUGGCUCAUCGCCUGGAAAUGUACAGCAGCCAAUUACUCUAAACGCGUGAUGUUGAUUCUGAAUUUGGACCCGGAGAAAAAUCUACGCGACCGCGGGAAGAGAGGGAGACGCACGCACCCACACUCCAAAUAUGCAGCAGGCGUCGGGGUCGGGAUCGAACCCAGGCGAGGUAUACUCUUUGGUUUUUUCGGGAAAGUCACGUAGGUAAAAAAUAAAAUAAAUAAUAACUAAAUUAAAUCACGACGUUUCGGGCGCAACACAAGCGUCCGUCAUUAGGUGGGAAAGCAUGGUCUACUGCUGAUGUUUUUUUACCGAAAAAACCAAAGAGUAUGAAUCCUUGCAGUCACUAAAGCUUCAAAUCUAGAAUCAGGCGAGGUAGUUAACAUCUCACCAUAUAUUUAUCGGUCACCGGGAGCAUCCUGGGAAUAUUUCUGACGUGACCAACAAUGGCCAUGUCCAGAAUUUACUCGUCGCUCCGUACUCGGUCAACGCGCAUGUUUUCGGUCGCGUUCUUGCAAACAUGCCAAAACGUUAACGUGCGGUUAUCCACUAAAAGGUGUUCGACUCGGCCCACACGUCACUCCAGGCGUACCGCUUUGGGGGGAAUUCAACGGUGUGUGUCUUAUAUAUAUUGAAAUAUAUAUAUAAAAUCUCACCGUGCGCCGCAAGAACGUUUAAUUUCCAUCGCGGUGCCAUCAGCGGGAGAUUUGUUAUCGCCCCCCCUCCCGAGAUGAAAGUUUUAUCGUAGAAAAACAAAAACGGCGACUUCUGAAAUCUUUCAGUGGCACACAGCGGGGGAGGGUAAUCGUUUCUCAGACCGCCCUCACCCCUUUUCCCCAGCCGAUGAGUGUUUUUGUUAUCAACCGCAAAGUGCCUCGGGCGUUUCACCAUCAUAGAGCAAGACAACCCCCCCCCCCCCCCCCGAGCGGGUUGAAACUACUUUUUAAAUCCUGUGCUCGAACCCCCUCGAUUAUUUUUCUUACAUUCGAGUCGUCGUAGCAGCCACUCUAGAGUAUUGCGGUGCUUGAGUGCGAUGAAUGGGUAAAAAGACGUGUUCGGUUUUUUUUUUGGGGGGGGGUUCGGUUUUGUACGCCUUGUACGUUUUUGUAAGUUAGUGACGUGUAAAAAUAAAACGACAACAACGCUCGCCUUCGAAUCCUGGUGUGCAGGGAGCGGAUCUGUAAGGGGUUAAGAAAAACUCGACACGUUUGUCACUACUCUUUGGUUCUUUUGGUGACGUCACGGCGGUAGAAAAUACAAUAAAACAAAAAAUAAUAAGUCACGACGUUUUGAUCGCAGUACAAGCGGUCGUCCUCAGGUGGAAAAAAUAAUCCAGCAGUGGAACUGCUGAACCAGCGAGAGAGCUGUUACAACAAGAGGUUAUAUAUGUGGUGAUGGGCAAGCAAGCGGGGUCUGAGCUGGAAAGGAAUUUCAUCCCCGGACGCAAGCACAUCAGUUGUGUUAAUGGGGGAGAUUAGGGAGAGAGGGAUUAGCAUGAAAUGAGCUUCCGUCGCCGCAUAAGAGUAUCAUCCGCACAUAUGCGCACAACAGCAGUGUUCAUGGGAGAUUAGCACAAUGUUGAUGGGAGAGAUUAGGGGGAUUAGUAAGUUAAUGUUAUGUCUAUGUGUAACACAAGCUGCGGCGCUGCCAACUGCGCUGCGGGGAAAGCGCGUCCACGCAAGAGAACCACCGCAACGGUGGUCGCGCCAGUGAGACACAGCCCAUCACACAGCCAGAACCAUCGGUACAUCGAGGCUAAGGGAGCAGAGGUGGCCAUGUUAGUGAGACCCCAGCCCGUUAAUGCAGAGGCACCUAACAGGGCAAUGCAACUCGGAGAGUCGGAGAUAACAGCCAGACGGCAGGGAAGAAUGGAAGCACCACGGCAAGUUACGACUUUGCUUGGUUAAUAACGUCCUUCCAAUGAUUGCUCAGCUUAUACCCCUCUUCUCGGUAGAAAUUGUCUGUGUUAUAGAUCUGGAUGGCUUCAUGGACAAGUCUUUGAUGGUAGCCCGAAGGUUUGCAGAGUACCUUGGUCUCGGAAAAAACAAUAUCGUGCGAGCCCACUGCGUUAUAUCAAUGAUCAGCGACUGCAGAGGUAUUGGUUCUGCCAUGUUUCAAAUCUAUCUUGUGUUCGCGAACACGGUCCGAGACAUGUCGUUUCGUUUCCCCAAUGUAACUGCUGCCGCAGACACAACUUAGUUUGUAGACACCAGGGUAUUGCAUGUCAGGAAUGACAUCCUUCACAAAUGGGAUUAAAUCACGGAUUUUGUGUACUGUAUUGAAUCGGACCUGGAUCUUGUGUUUGUUUAAGAUUUUGGAAAUAUUUUUGGUAACACCUGCUAUGUAUGGCAAGGUGAUGGUUUUGAUUGGGUCCUCAGAUGGUUGUCUCCCCAUGGUUGGGGCUACAGCUUUGCGGAUUGUGUGGUCUGAGUAUCCAUUCAUCUUGAGGACUUGGUGUACGUGCUCCAGUUCACUGGCUAGGUGGCGCUGGUCGGAGAUGCACGGGCCCUAUGGUGUAGUGUUUUGAUGAGGGAGUUCGUCUGGGCCAGAUGGUGGUGAGAGUCAGACUUUAGAUAGGAAUCCGUGUGGGUGGCUUUCCUGUAGACGGAAUGUCCCAACGAGCCAUCAGGCAUCUUCUCGAUCAAAAUACUCAGGAAUGAUAGCUUGCAAUCAUUUUCCACUUCCAUGAUGAAUUUGAUGAUGGGUGUAUGGAAUUUACGUGGUUGAAAAACUGGUUCAGUGCCAGCUGGCCAUGUGGUCAGAUGACGAAAGUGUGAUCUACGUAUCUCUUCCACAGGGAAGGACGUAGGGUGGAUGUCAGGAUGGCAUGUCUUUCAUAUUUCUCCAUGAAAACAUUCGCUACCACAGGUGAUAAGGGAGAACCCAUAGGGGUACCUUCAUUUUGUUUGUAGAAUGUACCAUUCCAGAUGAAGUAAGUGUUGGUAAGGCAGUGCCUUUCCAAAGAUGGUACAUCAGGAUUCAGUCCCUGUUGGACCAAGUCUUAAAUGAUUGCUAUGGUGUCAGGUACCUUGGGGAACAGAGAAACUACAUCGAAGCUGACAAGCAAAUCAUCUGGAAACAGUGAAAUGUCCAUGAUUAGAGAAACCAAGUGAGCUGAAUUAAGUACUGCUGAGGUGGACUUGCCCGUUAAUGGAAGCAGGGUCUCAGACAGAAAUCGGACCUGUUCGUAGGUAUGUGAGUGAGUUGAUGGUGGAAACGAUGGGACGGGGUAGAGUACCUUCUUUAUGGAUUUUUGGAAGACCAUAAAAUCUGGGUGGUCUAGCAGCUGACGGUUUUAGAGAGAGAUGCUUGGUCGAUUCGAUUAUUUCGGUGCUUGAGUGCGACGAAUGGGUAAAAAUGUGUUCGGUUUUGUACCACUUGUACGUUUUUGUAAGUUAGUGACGCGUAAAAAUGAAACAACAACAACGCUGGCCUUUGAAUCCUGGUGUGCGGAGAGCGGAUCUGUCAGGGUUUAAAAAAAACUCGACAGGGUUGUCAAUACUCUUCGGUUCUUUCGGUAAAGUCACGUCGGUAGAAAAUAAAAUAUCACGACGUUUCGAUCGCAACACAAGGGGUCGUCACCAAAGUUGGUUCAUCAGGAUUCAGUCCCUGUUGGGCAAAUGUGCAGCUCCGCCUGGCACUGCCGGGUCGCGACCUUCACGGGCCUCAUCCACAGAGGCCGAGCUGUGAACACCGCUCGUACGAGUCAUCUGCAAGUUCACUCGGCUGCAAAUCCUCACGUACCACAAAGGGCCCAUUUCCUCUCGAGCAACUUCAUAACGGAGACGACGAUUCCCCCGUAUAGCCUUACCAGACUGUAGGGGCAAGUGCUGUUAGCGAGCACCUAUGAAGGCCGGCACGGCACGAUAGGGGGUGGGUGGACAGCACCACGCCCGGCCACCUUUGUCUCCUUAGUGGCGAUGUUUACACACCGUACUCAUUUGAGGCCGAGUCGACCUAAGGGAGGCCCAGGACCCAUUCAGAUAAUCGUCACUGGUGUUGGCCGCGAGCGGGAAUCGAACUCGGGUUUGCCGGCUUCGUAGCGCGGUGUGGCGCUUAUCCCCCCACACACGGAACGAUGAUCGAGAUCUGCUGCGGGGGUGGUCUGGGUGGGAGUUUUCUUUUUUCCUGCCGUUUGCGUUUGACAGGGGUGUGGCUGCUGCUGUCUGUUGGGGUUUGCCGUGUAAACAGGCCUCUCCCCGGCAUCGGAUAGCUGCCCCCCCACUCUCAUCGUCCUCGUAUCUCAAGUGUGUCGGAAAUGUUUCAACGCUUGCCUGCCUGCCGAGAUAAUACGUGGCGAUUUUCUGUAAUUACGUGCAAUUACUCGAUAUUUAUUUUUGCGUUCGUUUUGCAAUGAAUGUUGAAAUAAUUGUCCUGCCAAGUUGGUAAUAAUUGUGUUUUUAUUUGUUUGCCUUCGUGACCGCGGGAAGUGCUUUUUGGUGAUUUGUGUCGACGUUGGGAAUUCUGAGCACUUGGGCGAGCAUUGUGGAGUUCCUGAAUUUGAGUUAUGCUCUCCCACUUUAAUUCUUUUUUGUAUCAUCAUCAUCAUCGUUUACACACAAAGGCCUCGCCGAUUAUCUAGACUUUUUCAACAGGUUCCUGACAAGUUUCCGCAGGAGAGAGCAUUGCUGCUACGUGUAAUCCCCAUUCAGUAUUUUUCACGUCCUUUUUCACAAUUGGGACGUUUGGCCAACACCAGGUUCCAUUGUUUGGUUUUAUUGUAUUUUUAUUUAGCUAUGGAAGGACACACAAGAACCCGGAGAACACCAUACAGAACAAGGGGGACAGAAUACAAACUCCGCUCAGAAAUGCAUCCGGAGUGGGGAAAUCGAACCCUGGAACUUAAUGCUCUGUGUUACAAGUGGAACCCCUGUCACCCUGCCCCAUCCUGCCCUACCCUGCCCCACCCUGCCCCACCCUGCCCCAUCCUGCCCCAUCCUGCACCACCCUGCACCACCCUGCCACUUAAGCACAGCCAGUUAAUAGCAAUGUUUGUGUUGUAGCCAGGGUUGCCUUUCCAUAACUUUGCUCGAUAGGCUAUGGCAUUUAAUUGGCCGAUGACAAUGACUUGCAAUGGAACGUUCCCAUAUUACCACAAUGUUGUGAAUGUAUGUUUUAAAAUCAGAUUCCCAUAAUUCUUAGGUUUUUUUGGUAAA